AUGUCUAUACCCAACCAUGACCCCACAUCCACCAGGGGCAUAACACAAACCUUCAAAACCAUCGCCCUCUUCAUCCUCCACCAAUGGCUCCUCAUCGGCAUCGGAGUCGCCUGCGUCUUGGCCUACUAUUUCCCCAACGUCGCCAAGAGCGGCGGCAUCAUCCGCUCCGAAUAUAGCAUUCUCUACGGCGCAAUGGCCCUCAUUUUCUUGAUCUCGGGUCUCAGCGUGCCUCGAGAAAAGCUCAUUAUUCACCUCCUCAACUGGCGACUGCAUGUUCUUGCCCAGGGUCUAUCGUUCCUCGUCAUACCGGCCUUUAUCCUCGCUAUCGUGCAUAUCAUCUUAGCCGGUGAUCCAGACGAACAUAUUGAUCGCGCCUUGCUGGCCGGGUAUAUCUUCCUGGCCUGUAUUCCUACCACUAUCGCUUCGAAUGUCGUCAUGACUCGCUCGGCGGGCGGUGACGAUGCCGCCGCGCUGGUGGAAGUCAUUAUUGCGAAUUUCCUGGGCCCGUUCAUCACCGCUGGGUGGACGGUUACUUUGCUUCCAAAGUCGUCGGAGUUUGAUGUCUGGAGGUCGGGGGAUGGGGAUCUCUCUGAUAUGUACCGCGAUGUGUUUAAGCAGUUGGGUCUGGCGGUCUUGUUGCCGUUGGUGGUGGGUCAGUUGAUACGCUGGGUUUGGCCGGACAUCGUGGGCAAAGUGUUGGCUAAGUAUCGCAUUGCGAAGAUAAGCACCGCGUGCUUGAUUCUGUUGGUUUGGUCAACCUUCUCUUCUUGCUUCGCGACAGGAGCGCUCCAGACUCUUUCCGCUUCUAGUANUGUCUUCGUGGUUCUGUUCAAUAUUGCGCUGUAUAUGUUCCUUACGGCUGUUUGCUUCUAUUGUUCUCGCCCGCCGAGGAUCAUCUCUGGUGUGUCGUUUACGGUGAAAGGGAAGACAUUUUAUCCCUUCCAGCAGAUGAAUCCUCAGGAGACUAUUGCCGUCUGUUUCUGCGGUCCGGCGAAGAGUACUGCACUGGGCAUUCCGCUGCUUUAUGCCAUGUGGGGUCCGUUGAGUCUGUAUAUCAAGUCGAAGACGUCGGUGCCUGUGCUGCUGUAUACCACGGAGCAGAUUUGUGUGGCGCAUUUCUUUGUGCAUAUGUUCAAGUGGUGGCAUCGGCGGGUUGAGAGGAAGAGUGCCAGCGUAAGUGAUGUGGAGUGUGAUGGAGAGGGAAAUGCAAAUGAAAAUGAGGAGAAGUUGGACGGUUCAGGGUCUGAUGGGAGGAAUCUGGAUAAUCAGAGCAAAGGGGCAGAUGAUAGACAAGCAUUCAGCACAUAG